CGYCCUUUUCCCAUGAUCUAAGGGCGCUCUAGUUGAAUUUUAACUUAGAUUUUAAACAUUUUAAUUUAGAUUUUUAAGGUUAAGCACAUUACAAUGAUUGAGAGACAAAGAUGAUAUUAUAAUAUAACUCUUUUUUUUACCAGGAUUGUGGAAAUACUCCGAACCCAUUUUCAUAUCAGGCGACCCCCAACCCCUAGUUUAGGAACCACUGAGCUAGCUAGUCUGCCUCGCUAAUGUUAGCUCAACUUAACUGUACUGAAUGGAUGCUCUUUGUCUGUUCUGGUCAACUCCUCAUUGGUGGAUGGUGUCGUGGGCAGAAGGAUACAACAACCUUCUCUCUCUUGUGCUGUUUUAUUUAAGAACUUGUCAUACAACACAGACUGACUGUAUCUAUGAAGUUGUUUGAAUUUCAGAGGAUCUCUUCUAAAGCCCAGCGAAAGAAGACUACUGAUCGUCCAACUGUAAAAGCAGUUUCCAAACAAGAAACGGAAGAGUACUCUGAUMGUGAGGAGGAUGACGAUGAUGAGGACGACAGAGAUGAGGAGCACGAUGAAGACGACAAUAACAGAAAGCGCUAUGAACCUCGACAGAAAAAAGCAGUGGUUCGCUACCAGGCACCUCUGGAUGAAUCCAGGAAGAAGCCGCCAUGUUUUUCGACCGCCAGGCAUCUUCCACUAGAGAGAGCUACCACAUCAGUGCCUCAGUGGCCAGGAGUGUCCUCACCACCAGCCGAAGGAGUGGCAGGUCCCUCCCACGGUGUCUGCCUCUGAAUUUGCGCAAAGAGGGCAUUUGGGACAGAAUCCAUAAGGACAGAAUGAAGAUGGGUGCAAGUCUUGCGGAUGUCGACCCCAUGGCGAUUGACCAGUCGGUGCGCUUUGACACCGUUGGCGGUCUGACAAGCCACAUUUCCGCCCUGAAGGAGAUGGUAGUCUUCCCUCUGCUCUACCCAGAGGUGUUUGAGAAAUUCAGGAUCCAGCCCCCAAGGGGCUGCCUGUUCUACGGUCCCCCUGGUACGGGGAAGACCCUGGUGGCCAGAGCGCUGGCCAACGAGUGCAGCCAGGGGGAGAGGAAGGUGGCCUUCUUCAUGAGGAAGGGGGCCGAUUGCUUGAGCAAGUGGGUGGGAGAGUCGGAACGCCAGCUAAGGCUGCUCUUUGACCAGGCUUACCAGAUGCGGCCAGCCAUUAUCUUCUUUGACGAAAUCGAUGGGUUGGCUCCGGUUCGCUCCAGUCGUCAAGACCAGAUCCACAGUUCCAUCGUGUCCACCCUGCUGGCACUAAUGGAUGGCCUGGAUAGCCGAGGAGAGGUGGUGGUGAUCGGAGCCACCAACCGACUGGACUCCAUCGACCCCGCCCUCAGACGCCCCGGACGCUUCGACAGGGAGUUCCUCUUUGGCCUCCCUGAUCGCGAGUCCCGGAAAGAUAUCCUGAAGAUUCACACCAGACAGUGGAAUCCUACACCGUCCGAUCCUUUCCUGGAAGAGUUGGCUGAUAAAUGUGUCGGCUACUGCGGCGCCGACAUCAAGGCGGUGUGCGCCGAGGCGGCCCUGUGCGCGCUGCGCCGGCGCUACCCCCAGAUCUACGGCACGUCCCAGAAGCUCCUGCUGGACGUGGGCWCCAUCAACAUCAACAGCCGGGACUUUGUGGCCGCCAUGAGGAAGAUGGUGCCAGCCUCCCAGAGGGCUGUGUCAUCCCCUGCCAAGGCCCUGACCCCUGUGGUUACGCCCCUGCUGGGCCCCGCCCUCACCAACGUGCUGGACGCAGUGCAGAAGCUCUUCCCCCACGCCGAACAGGGCCUCAAGAGGAAGAGGGAUGCAGAUCUGACAGACAGCAUUCUGGAGGAUGAAAUCAUGUACAGUGGGGACGAGGGCCCCUCGUCCAAUAAUUCCAUCACCAAACAGACCACCACCAAAGGGAGCUUCCUCCAUUUUGCCAGGAGUGCGAUCUGCCACCCCACCACCUACCGGCCCAGGCUGCUGCUGGCUGGGCGUCCCGGGGCGGGUCAGAGCUCCCACCUGGCCCCCGCCGUSCUCCARGCCCUGGAGAAGUUCACCGUCUACACCCUGGACAUGGCUGUGUUGUUUGGAGUCAGCUGUACCUCACCCGAGGAGGCCUGUGCACAGGUGUUCUGCGAGGCCAAGCGGACCUCCCCCAGCAUAAUGUACAUKCCCCACAUCCAGCAGUGGUGGGACACGGUGGGCUCGGCCCUCAAGGCCACCUUCCUCAGCCUGCUGCAGGACAUCCCCUCCUUCUCCCCCAUCAUGCUGCUGGCCACCAGCAACGUGGCUCACCACGACCUGGCCGACGAGAUCCAGACUCUGUUCCGGAUGGAGUACGGKGAGGUGCACUCUAUCCAAAUUCCRACCCAGCAGGAGAGAAGGAAGUUCUUUGAGAAUCUCAUCCUUAGCCAGACUGCCAAGGCACCCGCGUCCAAGAAGAAAGCCUUGAUGCAUGCCAUGGAGGUGCUCCCCCUUGCCCCRCCUCCUCCCCCCAGGCAGAUYAGUGAGAGGGAGCGUCUGCGUUUGGAGGAGCAGGAGGAGGACACACUCAGGGAGCUGAGGCUGUUCCUGCGCAACGUCACCGAGCGCCUCUCCCAGGACAAACGCUUCAAGGCCUUCACUAAGCCUGUGGACAUCGAAGAGGUUCCUGACUAUAUUAAGGUGAUCAGGCAUCCCAUGGACCUCUCCACUGUACUGUCCAAGGUUGACCUCCACAAGUACAUGACCGUCAGGGAGUUUGUCAACGACGUGGACCUGAUCUGGAAGAACGCCCUGGAGUACAACCCUGACAGCGACCCAUCUGAUCGUCAGAUUCGUCACCGGGCUUGUGCCCUGAAGGACACGACCCACGCCAUCAUCCGCGACGAACUAGACGAGGACUUUAACAGAAUCUGUGAGCAGAUCAGAGAGUCGCGCAACAAGAGAGGGUGCACGUCCUCAAAGUUUGCCCCCUCCUACUACCAGACCUUGCCCAGAGAGGAAGGAUUUGCAGAGUCCAAGAGGCUAGGCGGUAACACUGGCAAAGACGCCAGCACCCCGUUCACUGCCAACACCCCACGGCCCGCACCCUGUCCUCUAGCCCGUGAAAAGAAACCGCCCAAAACACGACGCGAAAGCAAAUGGAGCUUCGGCAUCAUAAAGAAGAAUACAAAUAAACCUACUUCUUCCUUUUCUUCGAACAAGGAGAUCACAAACUCAGGGGAGGAAGAAGCGGAUGUGAGUGAUGGCAUAGAGGAGGGCGAAGAGAAACAAGCUAAGMCUUUGGAGACUAUUCUAGAGAACGGCUGUGGAGACUCCCCUAUGGAGUGUACCUCAGAGAAGACCACUAAGCCUGCUGAGGAUGUGGAAGAGGCCUGUGUUGCAGAGCAGCCCACCACCACUCCCAUCCCCAAUGGAGACUGGCAACAGCAAGCUCCAGACCCCACAGAUGACUCACACCAGCCAGGCCUCACACAGGUCCAAUCUGGGAUCCAAGCCAGUCCAGUGGUGGCAGUCAAUGGAGACAACCACCAGCCUGCCAGCCCUCCAGUGGAACGUGACCKAAGUCCAGUCAACAACACCKCUACAAAGGAGGUAGAUCAGGGGGAGAAACACACCACAAAGACCAAAGAGCCUGAAAGGUUGGAGGAUGACUGGGACAUAGUGAGGCGUGUGACCCGUGCCACCAGGACUCUGGUGCAGCAGCAGCAGUUGAUCGACGUGGACAAGGCCCUGGAGAUCCUGACCCAGAAGACCCCUCAGCUGGUCGUGGACCACGACAAACUCAAGGAAUUGCUCAAAAGAGUUGUGUCCAAGACUGAGGGCUAUGAGGUGCAUCAGCUGGAGAAGCUGUAUGCUCUGUUGUGUCAGAGCAUCUACAGACACCGCAAGAACUUUGAUAAGACAGAGCUCUUACAGGAAAUGAAGAGAGAAAUCGACAACUUUUCCUAACUUCUUCCCUUGAUGUUUUCCUAUUUUCCAUAUUGUAAUAAAAUGAUGCAUUUCAA